CCAUUGUGAUCACGAGUCGAAACGGAAGCUCGGAUUGGUCUGUGCCGCUGUCACUAAGGGCCUGGGGCUGCAGGCGACCCGUUCCACUGCUCCGGAGGAGUAGGGGCUCCCGCUCGGUGCCGGCGACAUGUUACGGGCGCAACCACGUCUCCUUCGGAACUGUUUGAGGCUGCGGCCCAAGGCCGAGGCCCUGACUGGGGAAGCGCUGCGUCGGGGCCGCCACUCUUUGCACCCGGAGUGGGCCGCUUUAGCCGAGAAGCAACUGAAGGGGAAGAAAGCCGAGGAUCUGAUAUGGAGAACGCCGGAAGGCAUCGCCAUCAAACCGGUUUAUUCCAAGCGGGACACGGCGGAGCUGCCCGAGGAACUGCCGGGCGUGUGGCCUUACACCCGGGGCCCUUACCCGACUAUGUACACCUACAGGCCCUGGACCAUCCGGCAGUACGCCGGCUUCAGCACAGUUGAGGAGAGCAACAGGUUUUACCGCAACAACAUCAAAGCUGGUCAACAAGGACUUUCUGUGGCUUUUGAUCUUCCCACUCACAGGGGAUAUGAUUCAGACAACCCCCGUGUCACUGGAGAUGUUGGAAUGGCAGGGGUUGCAAUAGACAGUGUGGAAGAUAUGAAGUUGCUGUUUGAUGAAAUUCCUUUGGAAAAGAUGUCUGUUUCCAUGACAAUGAAUGGUGCAGUGCUGCCAAUCCUGGCUAUGUUCAUUGUGACGGGCCAAGAGCAAGGUGUUCCUGAAGAGAAGUUAACUGGCACAAUUCAGAAUGACAUACUGAAAGAAUUCAUGGUCAGGAAUACUUUCAUUUUUCCACCUGAACCUUCCAUGAAGAUUAUAGCCGAUAUAUUCCAGUACACUGCGAAACAUAUGCCCCGAUUUAACUCCAUUUCUAUCAGUGGGUAUCACAUCCAAGAAGCUGGUGCUGGUGCUGUUUUGGAACUGGCUUAUACUAUAGCAAAUGGUUUGGAAUACUGCAGGACUGGUAUCCAAGUGGGACUUAACAUUGAUGAAUUUGCACCACGGCUUUCUUUCUUUUGGGGAAUUGGUAUGAAUUUUUACAUGGAAAUAGCAAAGCUAAGAGCAGCUAGACGGCUAUGGGCACACUUAAUUAAAGAAAAAUUUAAUGCUAAGAAUUCAAAGUCUUUACUGCUGAGAGCUCAUUGUCAGACAUCUGGUUGGUCUCUUACUGAGCAGGAUCCACACAACAACAUUAUUCGCACAGUUAUUGAGGCAAUGGCAGCUGUGUUCGGAGGAACUCAGUCAUUGCAUACUAAUUCUUUUGAUGAAGCAUUAAGUUUACCCACAAUACAAAGCUCACGGAUUGCCAGGAAUACUCAGAUCAUCAUCCAAGAGGAAUCUGGCAUCCCAAAAGUAGCGGAUCCUUGGGCAGGUUCAUUUAUGAUGGAGUCUCUAACUAAUGAGGUGUAUGAUGCUGCUUUAAAGCUUAUUAAUGAGAUUGAAGAAAUGGGUGGUAUGGCUAAAGCGGUAGCCGAUGGAAUACCAAAACUUCGUAUUGAAGAGUGUGCAGCCAGAAACCAAGCAAGGAUUGACUCUGGUGCUGAGGUAAUUGUGGGAGUAAACAAGUACCGUCUGGAGAAAGAGGAACCUGUGGAAGUGUUAGUUAUAGACAACACUGCAGUGCGCAACCAACAGAUUGCAAAGCUAGUAAAGUUAAGAGCAUCCAGAAAUCAAGCAGCAGUUGAAAAGUGCCUGAAUGCCAUUACCGAAUGUGCACGCUCGGGACAAGGAAAUCUGCUGGCUUUUGCGGUGGAAGCUGCUCGUGAAAGAUGCACAGUUGGAGAAAUUACAGAUGCAAUGAAAGUAGUGUUUGGUGAACAUCAACCUAGUAACCGCAUGGUGAGCGGUGCAUACCGACAUGAAUUUGGUGACAACGAAGAAAUAUCUGUGGCAAUGAGCAGGAUUGAGAAGUUUGCUAAAAAUGAAGGUCGCCGACCUCGCCUGCUCGUUGCUAAAAUGGGUCAAGAUGGGCAUGAUCGAGGAGCAAAGGUUAUUGCCACAGGAUUUGCUGAUCUGGGUUUUGAUGUGGAUGUAGGACCCUUAUUUCAGACUCCUCGGGAGGUAGCACAGCAGGCAGUAGAUGCAGAUGUGCAUUGCAUUGGUGUCAGUUCUUUGGCAGCUGGCCAUCGAACUCUGGUGCCAGAAUUGAUAAAAGAGCUUUGUGAUCUUCAGCGCCCUGAUAUUUUGGUCAUCUGUGGUGGUGUGAUUCCUCCUCAGGAUUAUGAUGCCUUGUUCAAGGCAGGUGUUUCCAGCAUCUUUGGUCCAGGUACUAGAAUUCCUGUUGCUGCUGUACAGGUCCUUGGUAACAUUGAGAGAAAUUUAGUCAAGAGGCAACAAUCAUUGUGAACAUCAUUGGGCAUGGUAAUGACAUUAUUUUACAUUUGUGAAGCUUGUUUUCUGUAAUAUCAAUCAAAAAUUACUUAACAUUUGCCUACAGUACUUUCUGUGAAAGUUUGUAUUUUAUCCAUUUUCUGUAACUUAUUGGAGUAAGCUGUGAUCAUGUUGCAAGACUGAAGAUUGUUACAGCUCUUAUAAUUUAAACUAAAUUUCCACUGAUACAUAUUUACAACUGAACUAAAUUUAUUUAACAAUUAAUAGGUAUGGGUGUAUGUCCUGGCAAACAAAUAAACAAGAAAAUUUGAGGGAAAUUUCUACUUUCUUUGUGCAAAUUAUUUCCCCCUUGAAGACUUGUUUCUUUGAAAAGCUUAUUCAGGAAUAAAAAGAAAACCAUAUAGGAAAUACUUAGCAGGUCAGGCAGCAUCUGUGGAAAGACAAAAAUGGUUAAUGUUUCAGAUUGAUGAUCCACCAUCAGAACAUGGAAAAAGUAGAUUAAAGAAAGGUCUUAAGAUGUAGAUAAUGGAGGGAGGGGGCCAGUGAAGGGAAAAGGAAGGUGGUGGGUGAAUAGGGUGAAGGUAUGACUAAAGUUGUGAAAGAAACCCUUUAGAACAAGAUAUGUCCAGGGAAGGUGAAAAUAGGAGAUGAGGAAGACAGUUGGAGAUAAUCAGUGAAGCAAAAAAAAAAGCUGAAUGCAGUAAGUGAGCUACCAGGCUGGAAUGGUUGAUUAUCUGAAAAGACUGAAUUCAAUCUCAAGUCUUAGAGCUAUAAUGUCCAAGUU